CUCUCAUAUAUAAUCAAAAUGUUCUCUUUGCGCCGACGACAAGUGGAAGGUGCGAUACUGGUAAUGAUACUGGUGACGAGUACUGUGUCAGGAUGCAAGGAUAUCCCUGCAGUGACCUUCAAGAAUGCAUUACGCGAAUCACGCUGCAAGCUCCGACGAAAUAACACCGAGGUGGACGCUUUCGAGGCUUACGUGUUCACAAAACAUGGAGCACGAACUGUUUUCUACAGACGCAAGAGCAGCUCAAGUUGUGGUCCCUGGGUAUACGUGUCAUGCACUGCCACAUGUCCGGAAGACUCGCUGCCCACCGGGAAUUUCACGUGGUGUAUCAACAUCGCCUCCCUGGACUACGAUGUGGAGACGUGCAUAAGACUGGGGGAGGAUCAGGUCCCCUAUACCAACAGUACAUGUGAGGCAGAGUUGGUGGGAAUCCCUAAUUCCCUCACCCUUCCCUCAGCAUGUCCAUCAAUAGGUGAAGUGGGAUGCCUUCGUCUAGUCUAUGUGGACUGGUUCUACGAAAAUGCUCUGCUCACAUGCACUUUAGAGACAGAAAACUGCACCUCUACAUCUUUUUCAUCUCUUUUAACUACAGGUAUAGAUUUUAGUCCUCAUAUCGAGAACUUUACCACAUCUCCUGUCAGUGUUCCCUAUGGUGGCAGAGUAAUACUUUAUGCAGAGGUCAAUGAUUCCUUUGACUACUCUGUUAGUAUAGCAUGGCAGCAUGGGGAUAAUGUUUACAGCAAUUUCAUCAAUGAAGAUCCAUACUGUGUAACAGAAAUUGAGCAAUGCAAUGUUGAUAGACGUUCAAUGGCAGCUAGGCUGAAGGAGGAAAGGAUAAUGGCAUACCGAUACCCACCAUGGGAUGUUUUUGAUGUGUGCAUGUACGGUACGAAAAGCUACCUCAUUGUUGACAAUGUUACAUUGGAUGACGGUGGAGAGUACAUUUUCAGCAUGGCUGUCACUAACAAUGCUAACCCCAGUGCGCCUGACACCACAACGAGCACCAUUCAUGUUAGCAUUGAACAAACAACUACUACUGAUGUUUCUGGUAGUAAUAGUACCACAGCUGGUGGGGAACCUCCCCCUCCACCAGAACCACCGAAUCUUCUCCAGCAAUUGAGAGAGCAGCUGACACAACGGAACAUGCUGUUCUCGAAGCACCACGUGCAGCUGAGUAGAAUAAUUGGCGAAGGAGAAUCAGGGCUGGUUUAUCGUGGUUAUAUAAGCAGUGGUCAACCUGUUGCCAUCAAGGUUGGGAAAAUCUUGGCAUCAGAAAAUGAUAAGGAGAAGCUUCUGAGAGAGGUUUCUAUAAUGUUGCCUCUUAAUCAUCCCAAUGUGAUGUCACUGAUUGGACUGUGUUUUGAUGGAGAGGUGCCCCUGGUCAUUAUGCCCUACAUGUCAGAUGGCAGUGUAUUGGAUUACGUCCAGGAGAAUAGAGAAACCCUCUUUUUCACUGACCAUCCUUUGGAUGAAAAUAUUGCAAAGGGCAUGAGCUACCUGGCCAUGCAGAUGUUUGUUCAUCGUGACCUGGCAGCCAGAAACUGCAUGAUCGAUGGACUGGCAAAUGGAGUGAUAAAAGUGGCAGAUUUCGGGCUGGCAGAGGAUAUGUAUGGCACCAACUACUACCGUCGCGGUAGGAGUGAGGGUGGGGAAAGGGUCCCCAUACGGUGGAUGGCCCCCGAGAGCAUUGAGAUGAACAUCUAUAACGAGAGCACUGAUGUGUGGUCAUAUGGAGUGACGUGUUGGGAGGUGUUGACAUGUGGAGGAGUGCCCUAUGCUGGUGUCCCAGCCAUGACUCUGCUGACUGAGCUUCGAUUAGGACACAGACUUGAGAGACCCACCAAUUUGGUCUGCUCUGAUGGGAUAUGGCAAGUCAUGGAACGGUGUUGGUUGGAAGAUCAUCGACAGAGACCAAAGUUCAGUGAUCUUGUCAACCAGUUGUUUGACCUCCUGGACGCAGAUACUGCUUACUUAAGACUCUGAGACAUUUCCAUAGCUAGCUCCUCCGUGUGUUUAUAUAUGCCAUUAGCUUUUAAUAGUUCAUAUCUAUAAUAGCUAACUAUCACUUAAAUGAAGGAGAUUAUGACUAGUUAGCUAAUCCUUCUGAACUCUUUCAGAAUCUGGACCAAUCACAACAAACUGAGACAUACCUCGUUAAGUCAUGUGGCAAAAAUGUAUAGUGUUCUAUAGGGCUAGGCUCCGAGGGUGUGUUUGUACUAUCCAGCAUUUCAUACUA